AUGAGGAACAGGCCCCCUCCCUCCCUCUCUCUCCCUCUCUCCAUCCCACCAAAGCUCUUUAGGCUACUUUGCGCAUGUACGGCCAGCCACACCGAGCAUUGCAUCGACUCCAAGAUGGCGAAAACACGUCUGGCUUGCCUCCUGACUCUCCUCUCAACUCACUGCUACUUCAGCGUGUUAGCCGUGGUGCUGAGGACAAGCAAUGACUCACCGUGGACGGACGAGUUUGAUAGGAUCGAGUUAUCGUGUUUGAUCGAGUCCAUUUCUACAAGCAAUCCCAGGAUCGAAUGGAAGAAGAUCACCAGCGAGGGGCCGAGUUACGUGUACUUCGACAAGAAGAUCUCAGGCGACCUGGAGAACCGGGCGACGAUCAGGGAGCCCGCCACCUUACUGAUAACCAACGCCACCAGGUCGGACACGGCUAAAUACCGCUGCGAGGUCACCGCUGCAGAUGACCAGAAGUCCUUCGACGAGAUCGUGAUCGACCUCGUCGUGAGAGUGAAACCGGUGGUGCCGAAAUGCAGCGUCCCGAAGUCGGUGCCGUUCGGGAAGUCGGCGGAGCUGAGCUGCGUGGAGGAGGAGGGCUUCCCCAAGUCUCAGUACCAGUGGUUCAAGAACCGGGAGGAGAUCCCCGACGACCCCAAGACCAGCCUCAAGUUCUUCAACUCCUCGUACACGCUCAGCGCCGAGACGGGGACGCUGAAGUUCAUCGCGGUGAGGAAAGAAGACGCCGGCGAGUAUUUCUGCCGGGCGAAGAACGACGCGGGAUACGCCGAGUGCGCGCCGCAGCAGAUGGAAGUCUACGACAUCGACGUGGUGGGCAUCGCGCUGGGCGUGCUGGUGGUGGUGGUGGUGCUGCUCUGCAUCACGGUGGGGAUCUGCUGCGCCUACAAGCAGGGCUACUUCUCCAGCCAGAAGCAGACGGGGAACAACUACAAGGUCCCGGCGAAAGGAGACGGCGUGGACUACGUGAGGACGGAGGACGAGGGGGAUUUCCGACACAAGUCUUCGUUUGUGAUCUGAGGAACGCCGAGGGGCCGCCGCGCCGCCUCCACGCCGCCGCAGCCCUGAGCUGGGAGUCUCAGCACGACUGACAUCCGACACUCACCGUUUGCCAAAGCUGCCGGACCUCGCAGGACGGACCCAGAACCACCGACGGGCGGCUCCAGUCCUUAUUUUAGCGUUGUUGCAUGGUUUUAAACACUCGCCGGUUUGGGGGGGAGGGGGUCGGGGGUCGGGGGUCGGCCUCCUCCCGUCAUCACACCUUUCUACUGUCCACAUCUCGCUUCAGACCUUCUCUCAUUUCUACAUUUCUUUUCUACUGUUGAAAUUUGUCAGACUAUUUUUGAUGGAAUAUAUUUUAAAAAUUGCCUAUAGAUAAAGGUUUACUUUUUUAAAUAUU